GCCGCCACACACCCACUCCUCAACAACGACGGCUUUUGCUUGCAUCUUCCAGUGCUUCUUCUGUCAGCAAGUUCAGCAGAGCUGCUGCUCGUCCGCCGCUAGCCCGGACGCCGCAGCCCCCGGCACAUCAGCCAAUCUUAGCCCAGAGCCCCGCCCAUGUGACAUGGUGAAGAUGACCAAGUCGAAGACGUUCCAGGCCUACCUGCCCUCGUGUCAUCGCACCUACAGCUGUAUACACUGUCGGGCACACCUGGCCAACCACGACGAACUCAUCUCUAAGUCAUUCCAAGGCAGCCAGGGGAGAGCCUACCUCUUUAACUCUGUUGUGAACGUGGGCUGUGGGCCGGCCGAGGAGCGGGUUCUCCUGACAGGUUUACAUGCCGUCGCUGACAUCUACUGUGAAAACUGUAAAACCACUCUGGGCUGGAAAUACGAGCAUGCGUUUGAGAGCAGUCAGAAGUACAAGGAGGGGAAGUUCAUCAUCGAGCUGGCUCACAUGAUCAAGGACAACGGCUGGGAGUGACUUCACUUCCUGUCUCCGGCCCUUUAAUGACCUCUGACCUAUCAGAGCUCUGGAUCUAUCGGACUUCACAGAGCGACAACCAAUCACCAUCAACCACCCACCGUGCCGCCCCCUCCUAACACACACACACACACACACACACACACACACACACACACACACACACACACACACACACACACACACACACACACACACACACACACAGUCCCUGCUGGUUGUGAAACUGAACAUGAUGCUGUUGAACUGGAGAGAGGACUAGCCUAUUGGGUUGGACCUUCAGUGAAAACCAUGUGAUCCCACCCAGCCAAUGACAGACAGCUGGACUUGAAUUGGCUCCUCCUUCCUCAACCAGGUUCCCGCCCACCUCACUGGCGUUGGCACUUAGUUACACGGCUGCCAUGGCGAUGUGAGAGAGAUGCUAACGUUCUACUACCCUCUUCCUCCUCUGACCCGGGGAACAGGAGGAAGAGGAAGCGGAGGUGUUGAGGGAGGGACGGGAACAGGGUGGCACAGUGCGGAAGUUUGGUCAUUUUGUACCCAGCUUGCUUCUUGUGUUUUAAUCUUUGAUUUAUUUGUGAAUAUUUUGUAUUUUUCAAUAUUUUUUUUUUUUCAGUGGUUGAUCUUUAAUGAUGACUUCACUAUGGGGGACGUCCCGGUAACCGCUAACCACAAAAAAGUGCCCGGUAAAGUCCCGGUAACACUCUAAAACGUACCCCGAGCAGAGCAGCAGGGAUAGAUGAUAUUGUAUGUAGAUAGAUGCGUUUCAUCCAACAGCAUUGUGGCUGGCUCCAUAUAGAAACCAGUACUAUUAAAUAAAGUUUACCAGAGGAGAUAGAGGGAUGACUAGGAUGUUUCCCAAAUGGCACUCUCUGCCUUGGUGCACUACCCUAUGGGCCCUGGUCUAAAGUAGAGCACUAUGUAGGGAAUAGGGUGCGAUUUGGGACGCACACUAGAACAGGCUUCACCAACCACAGAACCGGAAGUAAACGAACCAUCACGAGAUUGUAUUAGAUGCUGAAUGAUAUUGAGGGUUGCUGGCUAGAUUAUCUCCCUACAGUUAUUAGAGCAAUUAAAUAUCGCUGCUUUACUUGUUCCUACGCUUCGCCAAUCCUGCUUUACUCGUUCCUACGCUUUGCCAAUCCUGCUUUACUUGUUCCUACGCUUCGCCAAUCGGUGAUCCGGCCUAAAUCAAGGGUUUAUAGUCUCACCCUAUCCGAUUCACUUUAAAUCACUUUGAACACCCUUGGCAUGAACAAUGUUCCUUUUUCCACAAAAAACUAAAUAAACAUGUUCAUUGCAAUUCUUUGCUGCUAUGAGAGAAAUACAAGCUUUCAUCUUUUCUCUUCUCUUCGUUCUGGAGAUCUUCUUCUUCUUCUUUUUUUUUUGCACUUUAUGCCUGGCACUGUCCGAGACAGUCUGAACGGUUGCUACGGUAGCUUCUCUCUCUUGUGUUCUCGUCCUCGUCGUUAGUUUGCCUCUAAGCUGAAUGAAUCGUGUGCCUCUCUUAAAAAAAAAAAGAAAAUGAAUAUUUUAUCUCCUGUGUUGUGCUGUGCAUAACUCUAAACUUAUGAGCCACCAACAACAAAAAAAAGCUCAAACCCACAUCGAUAGAUAACAAAUAGAUAGAUACUUUAUGGGUUGAAAACUGAGCGUUCAAUGGCUGUUGUGCCUCAAGAGUAGUAGAUUAUAUAUAUAUAUAUAUAUAUAUAUAUAUAUAUAUAUAUGAUUAUAUAUAAUUAUAUAUAUAUAUAUAUUGAUUAUAUAUAGGCUAUAUGUAUCGGUGAGGGGAUGAAUGUGGUGGGGAUAAUAAUCCAUAUUGGUGUUGUAGCAGGUGGGGUGAGCUGUGAUCGCUCACAUCGCCGACCAGGUCACUCACUAUUAACCCGUAAGAUAAAGACAAUGCAAACCUGAUACCGUUGAAUAGUUACAGAUCUCCUACUUGAAUAUAUAAAACCUGUACAGGCCUGUUACAGUACAGACCUGUUACAGUACAGACCUGUUACCGUCUGUAUAUAGAGUAACAGUACAGACCUGUUACAGUACAGACCUGCUACAGUACAGACCUGCUACAGUACAGACCUGCUUCAGUACAGACCUGUUACAGUCUGUAUAUAGAGUAACAGUACAGAGCUGUUACAGUACAGACCUGUUACAGUACAGACCUGUUACAGUCUGUAUAUAGAGUAACAGUACAGACCUGUUACAGUACAGACCUGUUACAGUACAGACCUGUUACAGUCUGUAUAUAGAGUAACAGUACAGACCUGUUACAGUCUGUAUAUAGAGUAACAGUACAGACCUGUUACAGUACAGACCUGUUACAGUCUGUAUAUAGAGUAACAGUACAGACCAGUUACAGUACAGACCUGUUACAGUACAGACCUGUUACAGUCUGUAUAUAGAGUAACAGUACAGACCUGUAACAGUACAGACCUGCUACAGUACAGACCUGUUACAGUACAGACCUGCUACAGUACAGACCUGCUACAGUACAGACCUGUUACAGUACAGACCUGUUACAGUCUGUAUAUAGAGGUACAGUACAGACCUGCUACAGUACAGACCUGUUACAGUACAGACCUGUUACAGUACAGACCUGUUACAGUACAGACCUGUUACAGUACAGACCUGCUACAGUACAGACCUGUUACAGUACAUACCUGUUACAGUCUGUAUAUAGAGUAACAGUACAGACCUGUUACAGUACAGACCUGUUACAGUACAGACCUGUAAAAGUCUGUAUAUAGAGUAACAGUACAGACCUGUUACAGUCUGUAUAUAGAGUAACAUAUGGAAGGUUUCUACAUGUUUCUAUUGACUACUUCCUUGAUUUAACUGUACCUCUGGCUUUACGUGUGUGCAGGAGUGUGUGUGUGUGUGUGUGUGUGUGUGUGUGUGUAGGAGUGUAUGUGUGUAGGUAUGUGUGUGUGUAGGAGUGUGUGUGUUUUACUUUUUCUCCCUAUUUUGCAUUUUACAUUUAAAGUGAUUAUAUAUUUCCCUUGUUUUCUUUUUGCAUCUGUUUGUUUAUUUCUCCCAGCGAUCUGGGGGCUUGACGGCCAGUUGGGGUUUAUUUCUCCCAGCGAUCUGGGGGCUUGACGGCUAGUUGGGGUUUAUUUCUCCCAGCGAUCUGAGGGCUUGACGGCUAGUUGGGGUUUAUUUCUCCCAGCGAUCUGAGGGCUUGACGGCCAGUUGGGGUUUAUCUCUCCCAGCGAUCUGGGGGCUUGAUGGCUAGUUGGGGUUUAUUUCUCCCAGCGAUCUGGGGGCUUGACGGCCAGUUGGGGUUUAUUUCUCCCAGCGAUCUGGGGGCUUGACGGCUAGUUAGGGUUUAUUUCUCCCAGCGAUCUGGGGGCUUGACGACUAGUUGGGGUUUAUUUCUCCCAGCAAUCUGGGGUUUAUUUCUCCCAGCGAUCUGGGGGCUUGACGGCUAGUUGGGGUUUAUUUCUCCCAGCGAUCUGGGGGCUUGACGGCUAGUUGGGGUUUAUUUCUCCCAGCGAUCUGAGGGCUUGACGGCUAGUUGGGGUUUAUUUCUCCCAGCGAUCUGAGGGCUUGACGGCCAGUUGGGGUUUAUCUCUCCCAGCGAUCUGGGGGCUUGAUGGCUAGUUGGGGUUUAUUUCUCCCAGCGAUCUGGGGGCUUGACGGCCAGUUGGGGUUUAUUUCUCCCAGCGAUCUGGGGGCUUGACGGCUAGUUAGGGUUUAUUUCUCCCAGCGAUCUGGGGGCUUGACGACUAGUUGGGGUUUAUUUCUCCCAGCAAUCUGGGGUUUAUUUCUCCCAGCGAUCUGGGGGCUUGACGGCUAGUUGGGGUUUAUUUCUCCCAGCGAUCUGGGGGCUUGACGGCCAGUUGGGGUUUAUUUCUCCCAGCGAUCUGGGGGCUUGACGGCUAGUUAGGGUUUAUUUCUCCCAGCGAUCUGGGGGCUUGACGACUAGUUGGGGUUUAUUUCUCCCAGCAAUCUGGGGUUUAUUUCUCCCAGCGAUCUGGGGGCUUGACGGCUAGUUGGGGUUUAUUUCUCCCAGCGAUCUGGGGGCUUGACGGCUAGUUGGGGUUUAUUUCUCCCAGCGAUCUGGGGGCUUGAUGGCCAACUAAAGAGUUUCUUUAGAAACGUUAUUAUUUUACUCUGUGUGUGUUUAGGUCCCGCUGGGUAGGGCUGGGGUGAAAGGGUCCAUCAAGGCCCUGGUUUGGCCUCUAGGGCCCUAACGUCUGACCUCCGCUGACCUCUGUAGACUGUAGAAGGAUAGUGGGAGCUGGAUUCUCCCACCAACUUACAGAACAGAAGAGCGUUGACCUAGGCUUUCUUUCUUUCUUUCCAACAAUCAAUCUCCCCUGUAUACACCUCUCUCCUCUCUCCUCUCUCUCUCUCUCUCUCUCUCUCUCUCUCUCUCUCUCUCUCUCUCUCUCUCUCGUUAAUCCAACUAGCACACAAAGGAAAGCAGUCACCAGUGUCACUUUCAGUUUAUACCAAAUAUAACAUUGUUACCAGAUUUCUAGAGAACUGGUGUCACAGCUAAAGCUAUAAAAGCCAAUCAGACUGGUGUCAUGGAUGUUGUUUGUUAGAGCUUUAGACUCCUGGAGAUUCAGACUGCUCGUACAAAACCAAAACCCAUUCCAGGACCAGUCACGUGUGACUUCUACGUAGUUCUCUAGAAGGUUCUCAAUCAUUCUGUAGAACAUUCUACAGUUGUUCUGUAUUCUGGAACUUCUUUCCAAAAAUAAAUAAAAUGUCAAAGCCAGUCAUUUGCUGCGAAAGAUGAUUGUUGAUUUACCCAGAUAUUAUUUUGUUGUUUUGGUGACACUGGCUCCGACUUCUGUAGGAGAUAUUAUCACAGGCUGUGUCCCAAAUCGCAUUCCCUACCUAUUGCUCUACUUAUAAAGUAUUAUAGGGAAUAGGGUCCCAUUUGGGACGCUGAAACAGAGAGAUGAUGAUGAGAUAGGUAUUGGAGAUGUUAUUAUCCCUGAGAAGAGAUGAUUAGACUAUAUGAUAGGUAUACAAAGGAAAAGAUUGUAAUGUUUGAAAAAAUGUGUUAAAAUUGUUCAAAUGAAAUAGGUCUAAAGCUUGCUGUAUUUAUAAUGGCUGUAUUAAGUCGUGCCUGGUUCUCUUUUUCUUUCUUCAAAGCAAACACAUUAUAUAUAUAUAUAUAUAUAUAUGCUUUCUUUUUACUUGACUACAUUUCUUUGCAUUCUGUCUGUAUGUUUCACUGUAUUGUAAAUUAUCAGAUAUCACAAUAAACUUUAAAUGGCAUUCAA